AUGCAAGAGACUAAUCAGUCUUGUGUGACUGAAUUCAUCCUCCUGGGUUUCUCCUUCAGCCCCAGAACCACUCCUCUCUUCUUCUCAGCCUUCCUGACCACCUACCUGUUGAUCAUUCUGGGCAAUGGUUUAAUCAUCAUCCUCAUCUCCCUGGACUCGCACCUCCACACACCCAUGUACUUCUUCAUUGUCACCCUUUCCAUGUUAGAUCUGGGCUAUACCACCACAACUAUGCCCCAGAUGUUGGCACAUCUGGCAAGCCAGAAGAAGACUAUCUCUUUUGCCAGCUGUGUGGCCCAAAUGUACAUUUUCUUGGUGUUAGGCAUUACUGAGUCCUGGCUCUUUGCCAUCAUGUCUAUAGACAGGUAUGUGGCCAUCUGCCACCCAAUCAGGUACAAGGUCAUCAUGAGUCCACGGCUGUGUAGGGUAAUGGUCUUGUUCUGUGGACUCUGGGGUGUCGUCUCUGCUCUUGUCUACACUGUUUUUGCCAUGCGUCUGCCCUACUGUGGUCCCAACAAGAUCAACCACUUCUUCUGUGAAGUCCCUGCUGUCUUGAAACUGGCCUGUGCAGACACCUCAGUCAACGACCAGGUAGACUUCAUUCUUGGCUUUAAUGUCAUCCUGGUUCCACUUUCUCUCAUCCUUGUCGUUUACAUCAAUAUCUUCAUUGCCAUCUUAAGGAUUCGUUCAGCCCAGGGGCGGCUGAAGGCCUUCUCCACCUGUGCCUCCCACAUCACUGUGGUCACCAUGUUCUGUGUGCCUGCCAUGGUCAUGUACAUGAAGCCCAGCUCAGAGGCCUCCCCAGAAGAGGACAAGAAGCUGGCCCUGUUUUACAAUGUCAUCUCUGCCCUCCUCAACCCCAUCAUCUACAGCCUCCGGAACAAAGAUGUGAAGAGGGCUUUCCUCAAGGUGAUGGGCUGGGGCAGGGCCCCAGAAUGA